AUGAGGAACAAAUUGAAUACCAGUAAAUUGUAUGGUCAAUUGGUUCACAAGGAAAAAGUUCAUUAUGUUCAUGUUGUUUGGUGUAAUUUGACUUUGCCCAAGCAUCGGUUUAUCCUUUGGCAAGCUACUUUGAGGCAUUUGCUAACUAGAGACAACUUGCUAAAGUGUCACUUACAGCUGCCUUCUGACUUGUGCCCUACUUGUGAAUUGCAGCAGGAAUGCCAUGAGCAUCUUUUCUUUCAAUGUCAGUUCUCCCAACUGGUGAGACAUAGAGUUGCUGAAUGGCUGAACUGUGAUGUUUGGCCUGUCCAGUUCCAAGGCUGGAUUGAGUGGAUGGAGGGGAAACCGAAAGGGAUUCAGCAAAAGAUUCUAGCUGUUGGUUUAGCAGCUUCAGUUUAUUUGAUCUGGUGGAAUAGGAAUCAUUGCUUGUAUAAUCUUUGUUCUUUAUCUGUUAAUUCUUUGUUGCAAAAGUGCUUAAAAGCUAGAAUUAAAAAUCUGUCUAGAUCUAAGCUGAAUAGUAAGGAUGUAAUUUUUCUUGAGAGAAUUAAUCUCUUGUAG